GGCAGCUGCUCUGGGGACCGCGCUUUCCGGGCCGGAUUAGCGCGACGCCCCUCCACGCCGGAGAACAGAGCUCCCCUUGUCCUGGGAAGGGCUGCGCCUGCCUCUCUCCAGGGCUCGGGACUCGCCGAAUCCAGCUCCCUGACCCGAACUGAGUCUCGUGCGGGGCCAUUGCCGGAGCCCUGUGCUGGGGGACACCCCCAGGGACCUCGCUGCCCCCCUUCCCUGCCUGACGGAUGCAUGGGGGGGCCGUGAAAGGCCGGCAGGACUCGCUCCCUGUCCCCCAAGCCAGGCAGCGAGGAGCUGCAAGGGGCUCCGCUGAGCUCCGCAGGAGCUGGCUCUUGCGUGGGAAAAUGCAGCCCUGGGAUGACGGCCGGGGAGUCGAAGGCAAGUGGGCAACGGGCAGGACGGCCCCCGGGCAGCUGCCCUCGGACCCUCUGAGGCGCUUUGUGUUGUUCUUGGAAAGUUUCGCACCACUUGUGAAUUCCUUGAACCUUGGCAUUGCGAGCCCAUUUCUCUUGGGCCCUCCUCCUUUACAGCUUGCUCAGAUUAAGACGCAGUUGGCUCUUCAGCAGUUGACUUCAGUUGCCUCAAGCAAUUCUGCACCACCUUAUGCUUUGCUAAAUCAGGCGUUCCUGAAAAUCGCCAUGUUUGGUCCUAGAGGAACGUUGCCUCCUCGGCCAAGAGGACCUAAUCCAUCUGGCACAAACCGUCCAGGAGCGUAUAGGGGAGGUGGAGUAGGAGGCCUUCAGAGAGAGCCUGCGCCUGGAACGCCUUGUGGGAUUCCACAAAGAUACGGAGGACAGGAAGGUUUACAACACCCUGCGGCACAAAGAACGAACGUUCAGGUAACUCAUCAUAGAACUGAUCCAAGGCAAGUCAAGGAGAACACAAAUUUGCAGGAAGAGCAAAAGGAAAAAGUUCGUGCAUCCCGUUGGGAUAACAGCCCACAUUCGAGUGGAACCACUGGUCAAAAGCAGGCUGGUUCGUCCCAGAUGACAGCACAGAAUACAAAUGUACAGAGUCGUUACACAACAGAAAGUGCCUCGAGUAUUUUAGCAAGUUUUGGAUUAUCUAAUGAAGAUUUGGAGGAGCUCAGCCGUUAUCCAGAUGAUCAGUUAACACCUGAAAAUAUGCCACUAAUUUUGAGAGAUAUACGAAUGCGGAAGAUGGGUCGCCAGUUACCCAACGUACAUUCUCAGAGCAGAGGGAAAGAGCCAGUUGGUGGUACGAGUGGUUCAGCUAUUAAGAGCAAAGUGAUUGAGUACGGGCACGCAAGCAAGUAUGAGUACACCGAAGAUCCUCUUGAAGUGCGUACGUACAAUCCUGAAGUCCCGACUGAAGAGAGCCGGAAAGAAUUUCAGCCACAGCAAGUUGGCGUUCCACCGUCCAACGUUGCACGUAAUCAGAUGUUUCCCGUUGAAGAUGUAAUGAAGCAGAUUGGUUUCCAGAGUGAUUCAUCAAACACUCAGUCGUAUUUUUCAGCUGAGAAUACAAGCCAGAUUCCGGGGUUAUCUGUGACACCAGGGCUCUCAAUGCCAAAACCCAUGGCCCAGCAGGUGAUGCCACCUAUGAUGCCCCCCGUGGCUCAGUCAGUCGUGCCAUCUAUGAUGCCACGGAUGCCCCAGUCCGUGAUGCCGCCUAUGAUGCCACCUGGGAUGCCACCGAUGACCCAGUCGGUGGGUCUGCCUUCUGUCCAAUCCUCUAUGGCCCAGCCUGUGAUGCCGCCUGUAACCCAGCCACACUUUUCAGCUGAUCUUCUUGCAUCUGUAAGCCAGCAUGAAAGAAUUCAGCAUGAAUCUGGAAUAAAUCAGUCUAGUGCACAGAGCGGCCCAGUUGCAGGUCAGAAGAGCUUCCAGUCACAAGCUGAGGGCCCUAUUCAGUCGCCUUUUGGGGUUGUGAAAGCAUCUUGGCUGCCAGUAUUUUCACAAGCUAACGCACAGAAAAUAAAGAGACUGCCGACUCCCUCUAUGAUGAAUGACUACUACGCUACGUCUCCAAGAAUAUUUCCACAUAUGUGUUCUCUGUGUAACAUAGAAUGCACUCAUAUGAAGGAUUGGAUUCAGCAUCAGAAUAAUCCUGCUCACCUGGAAAGCUGCCGUCAGUUACGUCAACAAUAUCCGGAUUGGAAUCCUGAAGCCUUUUCUUCAGAGAGAAAUGCAGGCGAAAGAAAAGAAAAUCAGACUCCAAAGGGACGUUCUAACUCCGCUAGUCUUAGUCCUAGGCGUUCCAGGGGAUCAGUCUCUCGCCAUUCUUUUCGCCGAUCCCGCUCUCGCUCCCGUUCCUGGAGUCCUGGCCGUCCAAGGCCUGCUAGACCAAGAAGUCGAAGUCCGAGGCAGAUACGGCGUCUUAGUCCCAGACACAGGUCAAGGUCACCAAGAUCUCGAAAUCCGUUGAGGUCUAGUCCACGACCUCAGAGAUCUGCUAGCAAUGAAUGGGCAUCAAGGAGGACAACUAGAUCCCCAGAGUUUAAUAAGCACAAAUCGUUUCAAGCAGCUGGACAAGGAUGCUCGGGGAUGGGAAAAAUGCCACUUCCUAGAGGACUGUCAGAAAUAGGGAAGAUGCCUGGAAAUAUGAAAAAACCACCAACUGCUUCUGGUUCUCAGAAGACUUUGAAGAAAGACUUAUGUUCUCUGCCCAGCUCAGCUGCCUCUAAAAUGAAGUCUGGAACCGCUGAGAUGUCAGAAAGGACGGGGAUGGAUGUCGAUGGGGAAAAUGCACCUGGUGGAACCAGCGAUCCUCGCCCUGUUCCUUAUAACAGGCUGCUGAGAGAUAAACUUCUGAGUUGUGGAACAGUUCUUCAUAUCUCUGAUUUACCAGAUGAUGGCUUUUCAGAUCAAGACAUUAAAAAAAUUGUCCAGCCAUUUGGUAAAGUUAGUGACCUCCUGGUGCUUCGUUCUAGGAAUGAGGCCUUCUUAGAAAUGAACUACAAAGAGGCAGUGAUAGCGGCUGUGAAAUAUGGUGAAACGGUGCCAGUCGUGGUAAAUGGGAGACGCGUGAAAAUAAAUGUAGCAGAAAAACCAAAACCUGCUUCUGUUCCGGUAAAAGUAACCAUAAAGAAGACACCAGAGAAUGUGAAAAAAGCUCCCCCAAAUACAAAAAAAGAUGGAAACAAGACUACCGUCAAGAUAACUAAAACUACUACAGUAAAAUAUAAUGAAAAGAAAACUGUUGAUCCAAAGAAGUCUGUAGGUCACGAGAAGAAGCAUGGGGAACCUAAGAAGAAAGCUGCAGAGGGUAAGAUUGUAGAGGGUAAGAAAAUUGCAGAAGCAAAGAAGCCUGGAGAAGGCAAAAAAAUUGCAGAAGCAAAGAAGCCUGGGGAGGGCAAGCCUGGAGAGGGCAAGAAAAUUGCAGAAGCAAAGAAGCCUGGAGAGGGUAUGAAAAUUGCAGAAGCAAAGAAGCCUGGGGAGGGCAAGCCUGGAGAGGGCAAGAAAACUGCAGAAGCAAAGAAGCCUGGAGAGGGUAUGAAAAUUGCAGAAGCAAAGAAGCCUGGGGAAGGCAAGAAAAUUGCAGAAGCAAAGAAGCCUGGAGAGGGUAAGAAAGCUGCAGAAGCAAAGAAGCCUGAAGAGGGCAAGAAAGUUGUGGAGACAAAGAAGGUGGUGGAGGGCAAGAAAGCUGCGGAGAUAAAGGCGGCAGCAGAGACCAACCCCAAAGAAACAAGUAAACCCGCAGCUAUGCCAGAGCAAAUUGUUCAAUCUCCAGUAGUCGUGGCAGAAUCGGAUAAGUCAAAGGAGACCAUUACCAACAAAGAAAAUCUUGAAGCCAAAGUCAGUAUUGAAAUGAAGCCAGCUGAAAGUAUCAAGAAGGAAAAUGCUUCAGAAGCUACUGCAGAGACUACAAAGAAAGAAGAACCACCUGAGCCAGCCAGCACGGAUCUUGAUGAUAUGUGUGUAGUUCUUAUUUCAAACUUGCCUGAAAAAGGGUAUUCUGUUGAGGAAGUUUCCAAUCUAGCAAAGCCAUUUGGAGGACUGAAAGAUGUUUUAAUUUUAUCUUCUCAUAAAAAGGCAUAUCUGGAAAUCAAUAGAAAAUCUGCAGAUUCCAUGGUUAAAUUUUAUACCUGUUUCCCAAUGUCUGUGGAAGGGAAUCAGCUCUGCAUUAAUAUGGUGCCUGAAUACAAGAACAUAAAAGAUGAGGAAGCUAUAUUUAUUUCUAUGAUUAAAGAUACCAACAGUAAGGAAAAUACAGAAACCCUACAUAAUCAGUUUGUGCAUCUUGGUAACUUACCAGAUGACGGAUACACAGAACUUGAAGUCGUCUGUGUGGGACUUCGAUUUGGGAAAGUGGAUCACUAUAUUGUGUUGAAAAAUAAAAAGAAGGCAAUUCUUCAGCUCGAUAGUCCUGAGUCAGCUAAAUCUAUGUACUGCUUCCUAAAGCAGUAUCCAUACAACAUGGGUGAAAACACAUUGACCUGUACACUGUCACCAAAGAGAGACCCUGCAGAGUCCGAAGUGAAAAAAGAGGUGAUGAAAGAAGAACCAGUUAAAGGAAGCUCUGACUUGAAACAAUAUCCAGAAGGAUCAGGAGUGGUGCAAACAGAAGCUGCUAAUCCUCCAGUAGAGCCUAGUGUGGCAAAGGAAGAAACCAUUUCCAACUUUAAUGUCAAAGCUGAGAUGUCUUCCAUGCAGAUAGAAGCCUCUGAGGCCAAGCUCGAAACAACGGUACGUGACUCUGCUACGAAACCGCUGGAGGUUGAAGCGUCCCAGGGGGAAUCGGAAGUUGUUGCUGUUACUGUCUCAGCUUCCCAAACAGCUGAUACCGAAUUACCCAAAGUAAAAUCAGAAGAGAGCCUGCUGCCUCCUUCCAGCCUUCAGAAGGAAGGGGUAGUUAAAGAUCAUUCCAAAACCGAAUCGCUGGAACCUGCUAUUGUAACCGUAGCAGAGAGUGAAGCUAAAGUGAAACCUGAAGCUUUGCCUGUUUCUGCCGGUGAACCGUCAGAAGAAUUAUCCAGUGCGUGCAAGCGAGGAGAUGUGCAAUCAGAGACGGGUGUGAAACCAGCUGCUGUAGAAAAAACGGGGUCCGUCUCUGAAGCAGUGCCGUCGGAUUUUGCUGCACCUUCAGUGGAGAUGGUAUCAGCUGACACCAUCCAGCCCAGCAAUGAAUUGGAUGCUUCUGAGAAAUCCUGGCUCACUGAUGCAGUGGAAACCAAAGCCAAAACGCCUGUAACCCAGGCUGGGGUGGCAAUAGAGAAGAAAUGUGGAAAGCCUGCAGCCGAACCUGGGACAACUAUGGAAAAGAAGCUAGAAAAACUUGUGGCCAAGGAUGGGACAGAUGCAGAGAAAAAACUUGAAAAGUCUGUAACCAGAUCUGGGGAAGAUGCAGAGAAUGCUGAAAAAAAUGUGGCGAAUGAAAAGAACGAGAGAACAUUAACCAAGGCGCAUCCAAAUAAAGGAGCAGGACAAGCAAAAAGCGGUGAAACCAGCAAAGGAAACACAGUCGCUGCAAUGUCGGUGUCCGUCAAGGAUCCUUCUGCUGUUAGGAAAAUGAUCUUAAAGGCGGUGGUGUCCAUCCCUGAUAUAUCAAAAUCAAGAGUCAUGGUGCAAAGAAAGGAGACUUCUCUAAGUAAACCAGAGGAGCAGAAAGCUUCCUCAAAACCUGAGACCAGAAGCCGGGAAUCUGCAGAGAAGAAACAUGCUUCAAAAGACGUGGGUCAUCCAAGACCUACUAACAGCAGCUCGUGUCUGCCGGAUAGCAGCAGCAAAUCUAAGCUGAACAUAAGUUCUGCUGUUGAAAAGGGAGGCAGUGGGAGAAGUUCAUCUCAGCAAGACAAGGACGCGAAAGUGGAAUCUAGGGGUAGUUCAAAGCAGUCUCAAGAGAGAGAGAGUAGAUCAUCCAGCAUGAAGAAAGACAACAGCAGCAAUAAGGCUUCUGCUGACCGAAAUAGUAGGAGUUCUAAAAACAGCGCUAGUAGCAGUUCAAAACAGAAAGAGGAAGAAGAGCUUUUCCCAUUUAACCUGGACGAGUUUGUUACUGUGGACGAGGUGGUUGAAGAAUUGGAUUCUCCCGUUCAAAUAAAGCGAAAUCCAUCGGGCGGGAAAAGAAAAGACUCUGCAAAAAACCCUUUUGAGCCUAGCUCUAAGAAAAGGAAGGGCAAAGUCUCGGUAGCACAUGUUGCUGAGAGCGAACUCUCUUUUGUCACUUUGGAUGAGAUUGGAGAAGAGGACCUGACUGCCCAAGUGGUAGGAGACUCUACUUUAGAAGCAGUAACAGAUCCGCAGGGCCUGGUUACUGUGGAUGAAGUAAAUGAAGAGGAAGAACUGAUCUUGGAAGCGGUGAAAGACCCACAGUCGCUUCUGACUUUAGAUGAGAUCUCAGAGCAAGAAGAGCCUAGUUCACUUAAAGAUGUCUCCGGGUCUGUUUUUGAGGAGCAAGACCUCCUGAAAGAGGAACCAUUGGUCACGGUGGAUGAAAUAGGAGAAGUGGAAGAGCUGCCUUUAAACGAGCUUUCAGGUGUGAAUAUCGAUGAGACUUUACAUCAUAAGGAAGAGAAAGAGGCAGUUGGGGAUCCGGGAGAUUUCACCUCUUCUCAGCUGCCCGAAGAUCCCAGUGCAUUAGUGACGGUGGACGAAAUACAGGAAGACGGCGACGAUCAGCCUCUAGUGAUCUUGGAUGAAGUUACCGAAGAUGACGAAGACUUUUUGGCAGAUUUCAACCGUUUGAAAGAGGAAUUGAAUUUUGUUACGGUGGAUGAAGUUGGGGAGGAGGAUGAGGAGGAAGAAGAAAAUCCUUCUGUCAAGAAGAACCUGGAAGAGGCAGAUGAAGAUGAGGAUAUUGUUGCAGUAGCAGGGCCAGAAGAAAUGGAUAUUAUGGCAGACAUGAGGUCAGAGGAAGAAGAUGCCGCUGCAAACCCAAAGGGAGAAGAAAAGAAAGUCCCUGAAGCUGAUGUGCAGAAUGUGGAAAAGGCACUUCUAGCAGAUUCACAAGAGGGAGGCAAAGAGGUUCUUGCUGCAGAUACAGAGGCCAAAAAAGUGAUUGCAAAAGAAAAGGAGACAGAGAGUGAGCAGCAGUCUACAGGUGAGCUGGGAUUAGGAGAUACAGAACCAGAGACUAAACGAAGAAAAACAGAUUCUUCAGAUAAGUCCAAGGCAUCCUGCACCCCAAAAGAUUUAGAUUUUCUCAUUCCCAAGGCUGGCUAUUUCUGCCAGAUCUGCUCACAGUUCUACGCCGACGAAACGUCAAUGAAAAACCAUUGCCAGACCCAACGUCAUCAGCAGAAUAUGGAGAAAUUCAUGGCCACACAGAAGCAGGAGGAAAACAAUGAAGGAACAGGGGAAGAAAUAAGUACAAGGUGAUUUGAACAGAGAAGAAUUCUUUAAAGGAUUUAAUUUAGGGUCCAGUCAACUUUGUGUAUUUUGUCAUGAGUUAAUUUGUAAUUUUGUUUUGAAAGCAAACUUUCAUGUUGUAUAAAUUUUUGAGCUCCGUGUAGACAGAGACUGAAAGAAAACUGUAUGGUGAUUUUGAUUUCUAUGUCAAAUCAUCUGACUUGGGAGAGAUCUCUUUUUACAAGAGUUGAAAUAAAUGUUCCUAUAUUCCUGCCUGGA